AUGCCAACCACAAUAAGCUACGGCUCUCAAGCGGAGGCCCAGCCAUCAAAUGCACGAGCAUAUGCUGUGCAUCGAUGUCGAUUUGUCGACUACAAUCCAGCUGCAAUUACUGCAGUAGCUUUCCCUCCGCUCGCGCUUCCUAAUCCGCGCGAUUCUCGACGCAAAAAUACUCAGCGGAUAAGAAAGGGUCGUUUUGGAACGCUUGCCGUCGGCCGUGCAAACGGAAAUAUUGAGCUGUACGAAUGGGCGAUACCUCCCCAAGAGCAAGAACAUACGCUAAAAGCCCCUCAGGCAUGGGUAUUGUCGAAAAUCCUGUAUGGACCUAAUCCGUCCAAAGUUGAUUCGCUAGUAUUUGUACUACGACAUCCGCAUUUGCUCGCGUACAACGAAGUCCCCUCCCGAACAGACUUACGUUUGUUCAGCGCUGGUGGUGGAAGUGAGCUGGUAGAAUGGGACACUGCAUCUGGAACUAUCCUCCGCACUCUGAAUUCGCAAGGUGGAGCAAUCUGGAGCAUAGCUGCCAACCAAGCAAGUACACGGCUUGCCGUGGGUUGUGAAGACGGUUGCAUAAGACUAAUUGACGUCGCGGACAAUGAACUGAUGCAUUUACGACGUUUCGAUCGCGUGAAGUGUCGGAUACUUAGUAUCGCUUGGGGACCACCAAUACCACCUUCUGUUCCGCAAAGGACAGAGGGCAGUCAAGCAUUGGAUAACGAUGACGAAGACGAGGAUGUGAAAUGGACAGAUUCUUGGCUAGUGACAGGUGGUUCCGACAGUAGCUUGAGAAAAUGGGAUGCAAAGACUGGUCGAGUUCUGGAUAGGAUGAGUACGGACAAGGUUCGGGGUGAUAGGACACUGGUCUGGGCUGUCGGAGUCCUCGCAGAUGGGACCAUUAUCUCAGGUGAUUCUUUGGGAGUUGUGAAGUUUUGGGACGCACGGUCAUGUACUCAGCUUCAUAGUUUCACUGCACAUGGUGCAGAUGUAUUAUGCAUGGCCAUAGGACCAGAUGGAAAAUCGGUUUUCACCUCUGGCGUAGACCAAAAAGUCUGCCUUUUCACCCAUAUUAAAAUAUCCAACACAGACAGGACAGAGAAGGAAUCACUCAGAUCGUCUACUCGCUGGGUGCACUCUACCUCGAAACGUAUGCAUUCGCAUGACGUUCGUGCUCUUGCAGUUUGGCCACCUUACCUUCCUAUAAGCACAUCUGUUCGCCCUGCUGCCACCUCUUCAAGUCCAUUUUCCGGCAUAGCACCCAUCCUGGCUUCGGGUGGUCUAGAUGCUUCUCUUGUUCUAGCUCCCUGUGCGACAGCGAGUACAAACGUUCAGCAAGUAGUCAAUCCACUUGCCACGAGUGCCAUAUCAACUUUUGAAGAUGCAUAUCACCGUCGUCUUGCGUAUCCUACAGGCAUUUCGCCGUCCGUAAGAGUUGCGAGGACUGGUCGCCUCAUUGUAUGCUCACGAGGCACGGGCGUAAGUGUAUGGAGGAUCGUAGGACAAGCGCGACUCCCAAGUGCGCUUGAAGCAGACUUGCGUGCAGCACAGGCUAUGGACGUGGAUGGACCCUCUUCUGGUGCUGGUGCCAUGAAGCAAGAAGAGGAUGAAUGCGGAUAUGAAAAGCUGCUGGACAUGGAACUAGACGUGGUGACGAACAUCUGCUCAUGUGCAAUAUCUGACGAUGGUCAUUGGCUCGUGGUAUCAGACACCUAUGAGAUUAAGCUCUUCGAACUGCUUGUAGCCUCAGGGGACGGCAGGAUCAAACCACGUCGCAUCAAAUCGUUCAUGCCAAUGCUUGCAGGUUACUUGUCGUCAAGUUCUGUAUCGAGUAAAGAACCAGAAGGUGCCAGUGCUUUGGGGUUCACUCCGGAUAGUGGACGAUUGGUCCUUGCGUUAGCACGUACUGCCCGUGUUCUUGUCGUUGAUCUCACUGGCCGAUCGACAGAGGGUCGACCAGAACCGCGUGUAUUGAGAAAAUUCGAUCACCAUGCACGACGUGGAGCACUAUUCGCACACGGACGUGUUGUAAAGGGCAUGCCAGGACGUGCGAAUGGCAUUCCACAUGCACGAGAUGAUGAUAGUGACUCUUCGCAUAAUGAUGAAGGAAGCACAAGAAAUACAGCUGAGAAUAGCGACGUGAACAUGGACGUGGAAAAUGCGAAAGACGGGAAGGAAGGGACGUCUUCAGACGAAUCGGAUGGCGAAACAGAGGGAGAGCGUGCGUUUAUUAUUCGAAUAGCAUUCAGUCCUGAUGGGCAAUGGCUUGCAACAACGGAUAGCCAGUAUCGUACACAUAUCUUCAAUCUUGAUUCCGUCCAGCAUCAUACCGUCCUCCCUACGUCUCCUUCCCGAGUCACCGCUCUCGCUUUUUCUCCUGCAACGCUGCUUAUCUUAGCACACUCCGAUUCAACAAUCGGCGUCUUUGACGUCGAAGCGAAACGCUUCGCACCAUGGGCCUCACAUCUCGCACUACGGGAGCAUCUUCCACGACGUUGGACAAGCUUGCAUGACAGUGUCCUUGGCAUUGUCAUUGAACCUCCAUCUCCUUCCCUGGACUCUUCCCCAACAUCGAAGUCCGAUAAUGUCAUCGAUAAUAGACGCCAUGCGCUGUUCUGGGGUUCUACUUGGCUAUGCCGCGUUGCUCUAGAUGCACCAGUCGGAUGGGGUGGCUUCCUCAAGAAACGACCUCAUGAUUUAAACCUCGAAAAUGAGAACGAAACGAUGAGCAACUUCAAGCUCAUAUCACGCUACCGUCCGAUUCUAUGUGUAGAUUUCUUGAGUCCUGGAGAACUAUUGGUCGUAGAACGGCCGCUUCUUGACAUAUUGCGUGGUCUACCGCCAGCAUUUUUCAAGCCGAAGUAUGGCACUUAG